ACAUAUCAAAAAGAAAAGAACUUGGAGCUACCCAGAAUUAUUCAGCGAUGGAAAAUAUAUCCUUAAGUUGACUGCUAUUUCUAUUGGUCAAUUUGAUUCUGAGCUUGAAGGGUACAAUGGAGAUAAAUAGUAUUAAGAGGGAUUCAAGUGUGUGCGCGUGAUUAUGAAGGUCGUGGAGCAGUUGAAGAGGCUGAUGAGAGUGAUGUUUUCAUCUAUCAAAUGUUUGUUUCUUCUCUGGCCUAUUUUGGUUCUAGAAGUUUCUGGCAAUCCAGAAGGUGAUGCUCUGAGUGCAUUUAAGAACAGUGUGGUUGAUCCUUUAAGUGUUCUUCAAAGCUGGGAUUCUUCCCUCGUCAAUCCUUGCACAUGGUUUCAUGUUACUUGCAACAGUGACAAUAGCGUGACCCGUGUUGAUCUUGGAAAUGCAAACCUUUCGGGUCAACUUGUUGAACAGCUUGGUCAGCUCCCAAAUUUGCAAUACUUGGAACUUUAUAGUAAUAACAUAACUGGGACAAUCCCAGAUGAGCUUGGAAAUUUGACAAAAUUGGUGAGCUUGGAUCUUUACUUGAACAACAUAACUGGUCCCAUUCCAGACAAGUUGGCCAACCUUAAAAGUCUACGUUUCUUGCGUCUCAACAAUAACAGCUUGACGGGAAACAUUCCUGUGAGGUUGACCACUGUUAAUUCACUGCAAGUCCUUGAUUUAUCGAACAACAACUUGACAGGAAAUGUCCCAGUCAAUGGUUCUUUUUCAAUGUUUACUCCUAUCAGUUUUAACAAUAAUCCUCACUUGAAUAAAACCAGUCCAGCUUCACCGUCUACUCCACAAUCACAACCAGCUUCAGGUAAAGGUAACAGCGCUACUGGAAUCAUUGCUGGAGGAGUUGCUGUGGGUGCAGCACUGAUGUUUGCAACCCCUGCAAUUGCACUUGCUUAUUCGAGAAGAAGGAGACCACAGGAUUAUUUCUUUGAUGUUGCAGCUGAGGAGGAUCCUGAAGUUCACCUUGGUCAGCUAAAAAAGUUUUCGCUGCGUGAACUGCAAGUUGCAACAGAUAGCUUUAGUGGGAGAAACAUUCUUGGUAGAGGUGGAUUUGGCAAGGUUUAUAAAGGACGCUUAACAGAUGGUACUCUUGUAGCAGUAAAAAGACUUAAAGAGGAGCGCACUCAGGGUGGGGAGCUGCAAUUUCAAACUGAAGUGGAAAUGAUCAGCAUGGCUGUGCAUCGAAAUUUGCUUCGGCUACAAGGUUUUUGUAUGACAACUACUGAACGUUUGCUUGUGUAUCCUUUCAUGGUUAAUGGAAGUGUAGCAUCGUGUUUACGAGAACGUCCAGACACACAACCACCACUUGCAUGGCAAAUACGAAGGCAUAUUGCACUAGGAGCUGCUAGAGGGCUUGCUUAUUUGCAUGAUCAUUGUGACCCAAAGAUUAUUCAUCGUGACGUCAAAGCUGCUAAUAUAUUAUUGGAUGGGGACUUUGAAGCAGUUGUUGGAGAUUUUGGUUUAGCAAAGCUUAUGGAUUACAGAGAUACUCAUGUUACUACUGCUGUACGUGGCACAAUUGGCCAUAUAGCACCAGAGUACCUCUCAACUGGAAAGUCUUCAGAGAAGACUGAUGUUUUUGGAUAUGGUGUGAUGCUUCUUGAACUUAUAACUGGACAGAGGGCUUUUGAUUUAGCACGACUUGCCAAUGAUGAUGAUGUCAUGUUACUUGAUUGGGUGAAAGCACUUCUGAAAGACAAGAGGUUGGAGACACUGGUGGAUGCAGAUUUACAGGGAAAUUAUGAUGAGGAAGAGGUACAAGAGGUAAUCCAAGUGGCCUUGCUAUGCACACAAAGCUCCCCUGUAGAAAGACCAAAGAUGUCUGAGGUGGUGAGAAUGCUAGAGGGUGAUGGUUUGGCAGAAAAAUGGGAUCAAUGGUGGCAGAAAGAGGAGAUGAUCCGCCAAAAUUACAGCUCCUCCAAUCACCACACUGCUCACUGGAUAUUAGACUCAGCUUCAAGUAUCCCACCAGAUGAACUGUCAGGUCCUAGAUGAUCUUCGAACUGAAAGACUUUUAGAAUGAUGAAACAUUUUGCAAAGGAAGGGACACGUCUCACAAAGCUGCAAAAUGACGGUUUAAAUAGUGAUUGAUGAAACAACUGGUUAAAAGAUCUCUCAGUCAAGGGUUCAAUUUUACUUACUUCAAUUAAGUUGGAGCAAACACUUUUGUUGAUAACUAAUAUCA